AUGGGUUCAGUUUGUUGUGUAGCUGUGAAAGACAGAAAGGUUCCUCCUAGUAGUGGUGGACAUGCAGGUGCAGCUCUUCAUCGUAACUCAGCAUGCUCGCCGCAAUGGAGUUUCCGACGUGACAAUAGGAGACGUGUAGCUGAUGAGAUUGAGGGGUCACCUUAUUACAGUCCAUACGUUGGGAGUAGAGGAAUUAGCAUGGAUAAGAUGUCAUUAGGCUCUCUCUCUGAAGGAGGAACCCCUCCUGAUGGGCAUUUGGGGACCCCUGCCUCUCAGAAAUCAGUAACUCCAGAGAUUGGCACCAAUUCAAUGGUACCACCUUCUUCAGAUUCAUCCUUGGUAAGCCAUGAUCCCAUCGAGGUGAAGAAUUUGGUUGAGUCACAGAGUAGUAUUGUGCCAUCAGCGCUUCCGAAGCCUGUGUUCUCAAUGCCUUCUCUUUCCCCGCCAGUCUGUGAUCUUUCAUCAGCUCACUCACGUUUGCUUCCUCCGAAAUCCACACCAUCAAGACGGGCUCGCCGUUCACCGGGGCAUCAGCUGUUUAGGCAGGUUUCCGAUAGUCAGAUUCUAGGAUUGAAAUCCCCAAACAACAACUACUCAGUCUCUGAAGGAAGGUCGUCCUUUGUGCUUUCAACCUGUAGCAACGACUUCGCCAACGGAUCCAAUUACGCUUCCUCUGAAGGUGGCUGGUCCUUGAACGCUUUCUCUGAGCUCGUGGCGUAUUCUCAGAGAGAGAGAUGGUCCUUCGAUAGCGAACAGUUGGAUUCUGGCAGACGGAAACUUAGUGGUGGUAGCAGCAGAUUCUCCUUCUCCCCUUCCGUUGUCGUCGACCAGCAGAGUUGUGGCGCUUGCUCGAAGCUACUAACAGAGAGGUCCUCCAUCGCCACUUUCGAGCUCCCAAUCGCCGCUGUUCUCGCGUGUGGCCAUGUUUACCACGCGGAGUGCUUAGAGACCAUGACAAACGAGAUGGAGAAGUACGAUCCCGCUUGUCCCAUUUGCACGAUCGGAGAGAAACGAGUUGCGAAGAUCACUAGGAAGGCCUUGAAAGCGGAGGCGGAAGCGAAGGCGAAGCAUUACAAGAGAUGUAAGAACCGUGUGGUGGAUAGUUACGGCGAGAGUGAAUGCGAUGAGUUUGUGUUUCAGAAGACGGGGAAGAGAGAAGGCAAAGCUUUGAAGAUGGAGCCUAGUUGCAGUAGCAAAGGCCCGUCUAAGUCGUUCUUGAAAUGGCACUUUGCUUCUAUCAGCUCCAAAUGGAGUAAACCUUCGUCUAAAGACUCUGCUUUGAAGAAAGGGUUUUGGUCUAGGCAUCGUAAUAGUAACCGUUCUUCAUCAAGCAGCAUAGAGGGACUUAACCAGACAUCUCAGCUUUGA